AUGGCAACAGGCGCAACAAGCCCUCAGCACAGCCCUCAGCACAAAACAACAGGCGCAACGAGCCCUCAGCACAAAACAACAAGCUCUCAACACAAAACAACCAGCCCUCAGCACAAAACAACAGGCGCAACAAGCCCUCAGCACAGCCCUCAGCACAAAACAGGCGCAACGAGCCCUCAGCACAAAACAACAGGCAGAACAAGCCCUCAGCACAAAACAACAGGCAGAACGGCAGCCCUCAGCACAAAACAACAGGCGCAACAGCCCUCAGCACAAAACAACAGGCGCAACGAGCCCUCAGCACAAAACAACAGGCGCCUCCUCAGCACAAAACAACAGGCGCAACGAGCCCUCAGCACAAAACAACAGGCGCAACGAGCCUCAGCACAAAACAACAGGCGCAACAAGCCCUCAGCACAAAACAACAGGCGCAACAAGCCCUCAGCACAAAACAACAGGCGCAACAAGCCCUCAGCACAAAACAACAGGCGCAACAAGCCCUCAGCACAAAACAACAGGCGCAACAAGCCCUCAGCACAAAACAGGCGCAACAAGCACUCAGCACAAAACAACAGGCGCAACAAGCCCUCAGCACAAAACAGGCGCAACAAGCCCUCAGCACAAAACAACAGGCGCAACAAGCUCUCAGCACAAAACAACAGGCGCAACAAGCUCUCAGCACAAAACAACAGGCGCAACAAGCCCUCAGCACAAAACAACAGGCGCAACAAGCCCUCAGCACAAAACAACAAGCCCUCAGCACAAAACAACAAGCCCUCAGCACAAAACAACAAGCCCUCAGCACAAAACAACAAGCCCUCAGCACAAAACAACAGGCAGAACAAGCCCUCAGCACAAAACAACAGGCAGAACAAGCUCUCAGCACAAAACAGGCGCAACAAGCCCUCAGCACAAAACAACAGGCGCAACAAGCCCUCAGCACAAAACAACAGGCGCAACAAGCCCUCAGCACAAAACAACAGGCGCAACAAGCCCUCAGCACAAAACAGGCGCAACAAGCCCUCAGCACAAAACAACAGGCGCAACAAGCCCUCAGCACAACACAACAGGCGCAACAAGCCCUCAGCACAAAACAACAAGCCCUCAGCACAAAACAACAGGCAGAACAAGCCCUCAGCACAAAACAACAGGCGCAACAAGCCCUCAGCACAAAACAACAGGCGCAACAAGCCCUCAGCACAACACAACAGGCGCAACAAGCCCUCAGCACAACACAACAGGCGCAACAAGCCCUCAGCACAACACAACAGGCGCAACAAGCCCUCAGCACAACACAACAGGCGCAACAAGCCCUCAGCACAACACAACAGGCGCAACAAGCCCUCAGCACAACACAACAGGCGCAACAAGCCCUCAGCACAACACAACAGGCGCAACAAGCCCUCAGCACAAAACAACAGGCAGAACAAGCCCUCAGCACAAAACAACAGGCAGAACAAGCCCUCAGCACAAAACAACAGGCAGAACAAGCCCUCAGCACAAAACAACAGGCGCAACAAGCCCUCAGCACAAAACAACAGGCGCAACAAGCCCUCAGCACAAAACAACAGGCGCAACAAGCCCUCAGCACAAAACAACAGGCGCAACAAGCCCUCAGCACAAAACAACAGGCGCAACAAGCCCUCAGCACAAAACAACAGGCGCAACAAGCCCUCAGCACAAAACAACAGGCGCAACAAGCCCUCAGCACAAAACAACAGGCAGAACAAGCCCUCAGCACAAAACAACAGGCAGAACAAGCCCUCAGCACAAAACAACAGGCAGAACAAGCCCUCAGCACAAAACAACAGGCAGAACAAGCCCUCAGCACAAAACAACAAGCCCUCAGCACAAAACAACAGGCAGAACAAGCCCUCAGCACAAAACAACAGGCAGAACAAGCCCUCAGCACAAAACAACAGGCAGAACAAGCCCUCAGCACAAAACAACAGGCAGAACAAGCCCUCAGCACAAAACAACAGGCGCAACAAGCCCUCAGCACAAAACAACAAGCCCUCAGCACAACACAACAGGCGCAACAAGCCCUCAGCACAACACAACAGGCGCAACAAACCCUCAGCACAAAACAACAGGCAGAACAAGCUCUCAGCACAAGGUCAGUACAAACAGAUGCAUAACAGCCAAUAA